AUGGCCGAGGGAUUUGAAAAUAUCGCAUUAUACGAACCAACGUACUCUUGCCCUUACGGUGCCCCUCUACUCAAUGAUGUAGCGUUUAAGACACUUUGGACUUUGAUGAAGAAGGCGGCUGUGUUUAUAUUAUAUUACGUUGACUCUUCACGACGAGAGGAAUACAACAAGUAUUUUGAAGAGACGAAAAAGUACUUUGAAAGAGGAAGUCCCAUAAUGAUGGGUUUCAUUCCAAUGUUUGCGGGAAUCAAUCCGUUAGUGCUUCCCAAGGAUGUCUAUCUUCCUUAUAUCAUGCAAUUUGCAAUGAAAUUAAUGGCUUCUGUCCGUAUGGUGAAAGAGAUCGAAAUGACUCCAGAGAUAUCGACUAUAGAGCUGAAGAAGCCACUUUUUAUUAUUGGGUUGCCAAGAAGUGGUACGACCUUUUUACACCAUCUUUUGGCUUGUGGAGAGAACGCUCGCACUGUUGCGUUGUACCAACAAUUCUUCCCAGGAGACAAGACAAUGGACGAAAAGCACAGAAAGCAGUUUUGUGGGACUAUUGUCGACUUUUUGAAUGAGAACAGUGACGACUUAGAAACCACCCACGGCUUUAAAGUGAAUGAACCGGAAGAGGACUACUUUGUGAUGGAAAUGUUGGGGUGCUCGUUUGCACAAGCGUGUGCUAUUCCGCGCUAUGAGGAAUAUAGAAAACAGAUCUUUAAAAGAGAUUGGCAAUACAUCUACGACAUCUUGCGAGACGUAUUAAAGAUCGAUAUUCUCGAGAAUAAAAUCAGUGAAGACCAGUAUUUGUGCUUGAAGAACGUGCAACAUAUCUGUUUCAUGAAGAACUUAUUACAAACUUUCCCCGAUGGACAAUUUGUGUGGGUCCAUAGAGACCCAUUCACAAACUUUAAAAGCUGUUUGCACCUCUAUAAACAAGCACAGUUGCAAUGCCCUAAAGAUGUUGGAAUGAAUGACAAGGAGUGGCUGAACAACUCAGUACUGUAUAUGACAAAAUUGGCACUUCAGAAUGCUAUUGCAGCAAGAGACAGUUGGGUCAACGAGAAACCAGAGCGAGCUAGUCAAUUCUAUGAUGUCUCCUUCAAGAAAUUCACAAAGAACCCAUUUGAUGCUAUUAAAGAUAUUCACCAACACUUUGGACUCCCAUUCGGAGAGAAGACUAAAGAAAAUCUUGAAAAAGAACUUAAGAGCGAUCCAAAGAAAGCACACGGAUCAUCAACUUUGGAAGAUGGACUUAUGACGGUGACAGAGAAGCAAGUGAGAGACGAGCUCAAGUUCUAUAACGAAAGAUUCCCAACUAUGUUUUAA